CAUCCCGCCAUCAUCCUCGUAGCGCCUCGUCUUCGCGUCGAUUUUCUCCCCUCUCCCGAUUGCUGGCCGCGUUAUUUCCGUGCCCCCCCUCCUCCCAGGCACUGCAUGCUUUCUGGAGGUCUUGCUGGCUGUCUCCGCCACGAUUGUUGGAAUUGCAAGUGAUACAUGCUUGGUUGGUUGGUCGGGUUAGGGUUGUGCGGAAGUAGAUGGUUCGUGCGAUUCGGAAAACUUUUCCUAGUGGAGACUUGCUUGCUCAUGAACAGUUAGAAUGCAUUGAUUUUGUCUUCGGCAGCUGGUGAAUGCAGUAGAGGAUUGUAAUUGUGUUGAGUGUGUGUUUGUUUAUCGAUGCGGAGGAGUGAUGGUUUGGACAAGGAUCGGUGGUAGCGUUACGUUGUGCUUAUUUGCGGCGGUGGGAAAUCGAGUAGGUGGAAUUCAUCGCGGAUGAGGAUGGGCGUACCCGACGCACGGGGUAGGAUUAAGAUAGGCGUAGAGGAAUUGAGAAUCGCGAGAGGUACAAUGUAAAACGACAUGGUCCGAUGAGAUAAUCUUGCUAAGGUAAUAGAGGUUUGGAAAUUUGCUAAAGGUAGUUUGUGGAUACGUAACGAUGGUACGUGCUAAGCUUAGAGAGUUGGCGUACGUCACUCAGCAGCGUGCCAAUGAACCCGUCUGUUGUACCCUCUUUGAUCCGCUUUUGGAUCUUCUGUGGACAGCCUCUUCUGCUGGCUCACUGCAUUCGUUCAUAUGUCCUACUUUGGACAAGUACAGUUUUUUCGGAGCGCACCCCUCAGCUGUGGUGGGUCUGCUUGGAGCAGCGGAAGGCAUUUUAUCUGUCAGUUCUGAAUAUGUUCGUAUGCACACAAGAGGAGGCGUCUCUUUGAUGUCAUUCAGCAGAGAUGAUGAUGUCUUGGGCAUAACAUGUUGUGACUGGGAGCGUCCUGGAGCUGGUCGUGUACUUAUUGGCCACUCAGGCUCAAGAUUAUCAGUUCUUGAUCUGUCGACUGCGUAUAUCGCAUCAUCGGUUGUAGUGGGGCAAGAUAUAGCUGUAAUGCGUAGCAAUGGUAGACUUGUUGCAUGUGGGGGCAUGGGUGGUGACAUCAUAUUGAAAGACUUUCGUACCAUGAAAACUGAGCACACAAUUGAUGCUCAUCCAGGAAAAGUUUCUUCAUUAGAUUUGAAAGGCGAUCUGCUUGUAUCGUGUGGACUCACGCGGCGGAUGGGUCGUAUAUAUUGUGAGGCUGUUAUCAAGGUUUUUGACAUUCGGCAACAAGCGCGCCCUCUUUCACAUAUCCCAUUUUCUCCUGGUGCUACUAUAUUGCGAUUUCAGCCGAAAUUUUCCAGUAUAGUUUUGGCUACUUCAGCGAGUGGUGCAAUACUCCUCACCGAUGUCCAAGGUGUUGGAGCUGAUGUUCAAUCUUAUCAGGUAGACUGUGAAUCAGACCACUUGCUUUCAACAGACGUGUCAAGUUCCGGGGAGCUGUUGGCAUUUGGAGAUUCAGGAGGAUACGUCCAUGUUUGGGGAGCUUCAGAACAUGAUCUUGUCAACUUACAUUCUCUCCCAACAGAGCUUCCAGAUAUCGUACAGCCAUUGGCGGAGAACCACGUCUGUGAGCUAGAGUCUUUCAGCGAUGUUUUUUUGCCUGCUACAACCGAUGUCCCAUUUUCUGCAAUGGACAUGUCUACUCCUAUUCGUGUUGGUCUUCCACCAAGGAUAGUGGGGAAACAUCUGUUAGAGCAGAUGAACGCUCAUGAUUUUGUUGGUUAUGUGCCAAACCCCUAUUGGCGGCGGGGAUCAUCUCAGGGCUCUGCAUCAAGAGCAGUUGCUGGCAUCCGAAAUUUGCGUCAAACGCCCAAGAUAGACGUCAAACCUCAAAGUACUCCGGUGCAACGCCCUGGUGUCUCAGUAUUUACCACUAAAGUAACAACUAAAUCCGGACAGAGUUGGCUUCCCAAGACGUACAGGCGAGUGGAAAUCAAGCAAUCUCAAUAUAAGCUUAAAUACGAAGAAUUUGACUUCAGUUACUAUAAUAAGACCCGUUUCGCUGGCUUGGAAAAUGAUAUUGUCAACAGCUACUGCAAUGCACUUCUGCAGGUACUUUAUUUUAUCCCUGCAUUACAAGCAGCAGUUACUUCUCAUGUUUGUGAACGAGAAUUCUGUCUCACUUGUGAACUUGGAUUUGUCCUCCAUAUGCUGGAUGUCGCACAAGGUGGCACCUGCCAGCCAAGCAAUUUACUACGAGCACUGCGUCAGAUUAAGGAGGCAGCAGCACUGGGAUUAGUCGAGGGUCCUGAAGAGUGGGAAAAUAGUAAGGAAAAGUCUCUUGCAAAACGGAUCCAGAGCUUCAGUCGUUUUCUACUUGAGCAGAUUCACAAAGAAGGAGCUGGUUCGAUGGACCCUGAAGUACCUUCGCCACUGCCGUCAAUCAGUAACCAACUCUUUGGCAUGGUGAUACAUGUCCAUAGCAAGUGUCGAGGUACAUCUCAUGAGGAUGUAGUCCAAGAGCGCCUGUCCUUUCAAGUGGAUUUGCAGUACCCAGCAGGCAAGCCGAAUUCAGUACGUCCAUCGUUUGCGGAAUUGCUGCAGAAUAGUCUCUGCAAGCAAGAAGAUAUGCGAGCGUGGUGCCCUCAUUGUCGUGCUUAUGUCUCCCUUCAGCAGACCCGAUUUCCAUGCAGUUUACCUGAAAUCUUGAUUGUAAAUUGCUGUAUACAAAGGGAGGCAGACUUGUACUACUGGUUUGCCGAUGGAGACUACCCACCGACCUCAGACUCCGGAAAGACUGGCAUCUCUAAUAAUGGCUCCAAUUCUACAAGCUCUGGAGGUCAAGUUGUGCGUAGCAACUGGCUACCAUUUCGGGUGGAGAUUGCUGUUGAUCCUGCUGCAUCCUCUGUAACUGUCACAGAGGGCGGCACAGAAGAUAGUAAAGACGUGGGCAAAAGCAAAGAGUCUGUGGUUGCUGAGUCAGCUGAGACAACUACCUCUACUCGUGCAGUAUAUGAGCUGACUGCUAUGGUCGCACAUGUACAUGAUGAGUUUGAUAAGGGCAAGCUCUUCCAGGAAGAAAGUGAAGGACAUCUUGUGGCUCAUAUUAAGAUCCCUUCUUCGUAUUCGGAUUCCUACGGAGGUAUCAGUUUAUCAUCACCUGGGCCAGGUGUGAACUCCUCAACAGCUUUUAGUAAAUUGCAGCUUGAGCCCACUCCAGUAGGGUUGGGAGGAGCUUCAACAACAUCAGACUGGGUUCUAUUUAACGACUUCUGCAUUGCUCCUACGUCCGCAUCAGAUGUGGUGACCCUUUAUGGUAAACAAAAGGUGCCCUGCUUGCUUUACUUCUCUCGAGUCAAGGAACCAGUUGUGGACAGCAGUAAUCAUACAACUCAGAGUUUACCGGCUGGCUCACUUACCAUUCAACCUAGUCCUGCAGGAUUUCAGGGGAGAAGUCACGGAACUCCCAUCUCUGAUGAAAUCUUCAAGCGUCUUAUUUUGGAGACCAGGGCCUCACUAGAUUCACCGGCGGCAGUGUCCAAUCCGUAUACUACAUUUCUACCUUUUGACAUGACCACGGAAUUUCCUAAGCCUAGGAUGCUAUUGGGAUUAGAUGCAGAGUUUGUGGCUCUUGCCCCUGCAGAGAAGGGGAUCCGCGAAGAUGGUGUGGAAUACGUGAAACGUCCUGCACGCCUUGGUCUAGCUCGAGUUAGUGUGGUUCGUGGUGAAGGUUUGAAAGCUGGUGUUUGCUGCAUCGACGACUACAUUUGUGCGGUUGAGCCUGUGUACGAUUACUUGACACGCUACUCAGGAGUUGCACCGGGUGAUCUGGAUCCCGCUACAUCUAAGCAUCCUGUUACAACCCUGAAAAAGGCUUACGUUAAACUGCGUUACCUGGUGGACAAAGGUUGCAGGUUUGUUGGCCAUGGUUUGAAAAAAGAUUUUCGCAUGAUCAAUAUAGUUGUGCCACAGGCUCAGAUAAUCGAUACAGUAGAGCUCUUCCACCUUAAACGUCAAAGAAUGUUGUCUUUGCGUUUCUUGGCUUCUUACCUCUUAAAUACUAACAUUCAAAAUGAAACGCAUGACAGCAUUGAAGAUGCUUGCACGGCGCUUAGGUUGUAUGAAAAAUACAAGCAAUUGGUGGCCGCAGGGGAAUUUCAUGACAAGCUAUUGGAAAUUUAUCGUUAUGGGCGAAAGUACAACUGGGAAAUUGUCAAGGAUGUUUCUGAAGAAUCUGUUCGAGCUGAUCCUACCCCUUCAUGAUGUAGCUGCUUCAGAAGGAUCUCGAGUUCUUUUUCACGAAUGAACAUUACUGCCACAGUUACACUUCAGUGCUAAUUCGACUAAGGCAUGCUUAAACCUUUUUCUGGAGAGGAUUAGCUGACCUUCAGGUUGAGGACCAUCCAGGGGAAGGAGGUUGUGUAUUUUGGUGACAGAUGCUCAAAUCACUUGGCUGGAUUCUUGCACGUAGAUAGGCUGUCAAACGCGUACAACAGCGAUGAGAUAUCAGGUGAAGACAAUGCAGUAUGUUGUUGCCUUAUGUAUAGGGGGCUUUAUGUAUAUGGAGUGCGAAGCUCCAAUGCUGUCAUGUGACUUCAGUGUCUGGUAUGCUAGUUGAAGGGGUUCUUGUCUUGAAAUUGAACUGCACGGAUUGUGCAUUUCAUCAUAUCAGCGGCAGAGACGGACAAUAGUUUGUACAGAUUUGGGUGGUGAUAUUUGAGAUGAUCUUUACACAGCAAUUUUGUUUUUUACGAUGGUAUCGAAGGAAAGGUACUCAUUAUACUGUGCAUCCUUCUCCUUUCAGCGUAUUCUCAAGCUGAGAAUACGACGAGAAUGCUCCAUACUUGCCUUUAUUUCAUAGAUUUUUUGGACACUUGUUCCAGUAUGAUAUUUAAAAGGUCAUCACAUUUGUGAAACAAA